AUGGCAUUCUUCGAACUCGACUGCUCAUUUCUAAUACAAUAAUCCCAACACCAUCCCCAUCAAUUCCACAAUAGGAGCACCAUCCAUUCUAAAGAUAGCAUUCAAUAGGAUUUAUAAUCACUUCUUUAAUUUAAAUACAACGGAAUCCUCAAAAGUGGAGAUCGAAUUAAAGAUGUGACCAAAUCAUUAUAGAAAAUAUUGGAUUAGUCUAAUUAAUUAAAGGAAAAAUUUGAGCAAAGCCAGAAGCUAUAACAAAAAUUGAGAGAUAUUGAGGAUGAUCUUCAAUCCUAUUUUAAAUUAAAGGAAAACUUUAUAGAAAUGAUAUAGGAUUAUUAAUCGUCUUUAGCACAACACUAUGAAAUGAGAAAAAGUGUGAAGGACAUCAAAUUAGAUAAUUUACCUAAAGAAUCAACUCAGAAACUUCUUCAAGUAUCAUUUUUUUAAAUUAUCAGGAAUAUGUCUCCCUAACUAAACAAUUGGAAGAUUAUGUUACAUUUGAAAACGAUUUAAAAGACUUAAAGAAAAUUGAAGAAAGAUUUGAAAUCUUGGAAUCAGAAGAAGACUACUUGAAAUACUAUCUAACAAUAAAUAACAAGGAGCCGAAUCAGGUAAAUUAGUCAACCACAUAAUUACUAAGCCAAUUUGUAUAAAUGUUAGGUCAAUCAAUCAGUUAUCUAAGUAGAAUUUAUAAUUAAUUUUAUCACUUUAGAAUCUCAUCAAGAUUGCCCUAUUAUUGUAAGUCAUCAAGAUAAAAACAAUAUGACCGAGGAAGUCUUGAUGUAAUAUAAGUAUGCAAUCAUUUUCAAAACUUAUGAUACGAUCUCAGCAUUAAUUAUAAUUGACAAGGAAAAAUCAGAAGCCUAAGUCAUAUGCACUUCUUAGAAUAGAGUUUAAAAUAAAUAAUACUUGGAAAAUUAUAAGAAUUAUAUUGCUAAUAUCAAAAUCAAUUACACACUUUUAAAACAGGAAGUCAUUCUAGAAUCUAUUUACGCAAAAAUUAUAGAGAAAUUAGUUCAAUUCAAUAUUAUUACUCAAAUAGGAAAUCUUACAUUUUAGGAGAUGUAGGAAGCUAUUAAAAAUAUCAUUUUAUAUCAAUAAGACUUGGAAUAAUUAGACAGUUUUUUAUUUUUAGAUACUAUGUAAAUUGAAUUGAAUUGA